AUAUUAUUGUGCGCUAACAGUUUCAGCCCAUUUUCCUCUCACAAUAUCUAUAUCUAUAUCUGUGUCCACACGGUAGUAGCUUCCUUUGAACCACAAACAAACCGAAACAUCAAGAGCAAUUCCCAUAUUUCCGAUAAUGUAAAAACACCCCAUUAAGAUCCGAUCCAUUUUGAAUUCAAUCCAAUUUUCUGCCAUUAAUUAAGUUAAAUUUGUGGGUGUUUUGCAAUAAUGACAAGGAGGUGCUCGCAUUGCAGUCAUAACGGGCACAAUUCUCGGACGUGCCCGAAUCGAGGGGUGAAGCUUUUUGGGGUCCGAUUGACGGAUGGGUCGAUCCGGAAGAGUGCAAGUAUGGGUAACUUGACCCAUUAUAUGGGUGGUGGUGGGAGUGGAAGUGGGACCCCCUUAAACGGCGUUGCUCAUGAUUCCCCGGCCGACACGCCCGACCACCCCUCAUCUGGUUCCGGGGCCGCUGAUGGAUAUGCCUCGGAAGACUUUGUUGCUGGGUCGUCUUCCAGCCGCGAGAGGAAGAAAGGUGUUCCAUGGACUGAAGAAGAGCAUAGGAUGUUUCUGCUUGGUUUGCAAAAGCUUGGUAAAGGUGACUGGCGUGGAAUUGCUCGUAAUUAUGUAAUAACCAGAACACCUACUCAGGUGGCUAGCCAUGCCCAAAAAUACUUCAUCAGGCAAAGUAAUAUAUCCAGGAGAAGACGACGUUCCAGCCUCUUUGACAUUGUGGCAGAUGAAGCAGCAGACGAUCCCGUGGUAGCAAGAGACUUUUUCACUGUAGAUCAUCCUCAGGCCGAGACACAAAGCAGCACCGCAUUUCCUCCUCUUCCUGUGGACGAAGAAUGUGAAUCAAUGGAAUCUGCAAACUCCAACGAGGGCGAGACCAUGCUUCCUAAACCUGAGGGCGCCCAGUACCCAUUCCCUGCUGUAUAUCCUACUUACGUUGCUCCUUUCUUUCCAUUUUCCAUCCCAUUCUGGCCAGGGUACAAUCCGGAGCCUGUUAAAGAAGAAACCCAUGAAGUGCUCAAGCCAACAGCUGUCCAUUCGAAGGAUCCAAUUAACGUUGACGAGCUUGUUGGCAUGUCAAAACUAAGCUUAGGGGAAUCCAUUGGUGAUUCAGGGCCGUCGUCUCUCUCUCUAAAACUUGUCGAAGGCUCUAGUAGGCCAUCUGCUUUCCAUGCUAACCCGGGGUCUGGCGGUUCAGGUAUAAGCUCUAGCCACAGCCCAAUUCGGGCCGUGUAGAAAAUAUAAAAUGGUAAUGAUGAUGUAGGUUCACUCCGUGCCCUUGAACUCUGGACUCCAUUUGUUAAUACUUAAUAGAAGACAAUAGCGUUUAGGAUGGCUUGGGUAAGUUGUUUUAUCUAUGAGGUUUUAAUAAGUUUAUGUUGGGGAAUGAUUUACUUAUCAUAAUUACAUCAAAUCCUAUAUAAUUUGAAACCUUCUUAACAA